AUGGCAAAGAGUGUUCGGGCAAGUGUCACCAAGCGCAACAGGGCGAAACUACGAGCAGCAGUUUUUGGUCCUGCUGUUGAUGCACGGACAGAGAGACUGUCAGCGAAACUGCAAGAGCUUGCCUCGCAGCCGAUAACUCGGGAGCAUGGCAACUCCAGUAUGGAACUUGACUCUACGAAAACUGGGAUAGAUAUGGACGUUGACAAAGGAACUGUUGAGCACACUCGGAGUCGGGCACAUAAAUCCGACCGGAUCCAGAAACGCAAGAAGCCCCGUUCGUCCAUUGUCUUUCGCCCACAUCCUUCGAAGGCGAAGAAGAGCUCGAAGAGAAAGUGA